AUGGUCCUUUUGAUCUGCAACCUGCCCGCCAGUAUGCAGGACAACCACGACGGCAUUGCCUGGACCCUGAAGCGCGGCUCCUACCUGGUCGGGCCGCACUUCGUGAACUGGACGCACUCGCUAGGGCAAACGGAGGGCGUGCUGAUGCCCUGGCUAGACGAGCCUGGCAGGGCGCGGAUGGAGCUAGUCUACAGCGUGCACUGCCUGCUGAAGGGCUCUUUCCAGCUCAGCAAGGACGAAACACGCAGGGCGCUCACUGCCGUCACCAUUCCCGGCGGGCAGGUCACCACCGCCCGCAGCCACGAGGUGUGCACCGUCCGCCCGGGGCGCUGGCACGACGUGCUGGGGCUGCAGCAGAUCUCGGUGACGAAUCCCGGGGAGAAGGUCCUGGUCGUCUGCACCGUGAAGUACACGGCCCUGUGGGCCGACGAGGGCGCCCGCGGGAGGUUCACGAUCCUGCGGGACGGCAAGGGCCUCGACCCAGGCAGCUAUGGGCUGCAGUCCGUCCGCUCGCUGCAGAAGGACGCCAGGCGCGCGAUGGUGGUCGCGCUGGUCGACGACCCAGAUCCUGGGCCUCACCUGUACUAA